AUGGAGGGUCGUUCUCGGGACAGAGAAAUAGGCCGCCAAACCCAGUAUUAUGACUCGACCCGGUUCGAUGAUUCGGAUCGGUAUGGAGUUCGCAACAGAGUUGGACUACGAACAAUGAGUCAUUCUUACUAUUUUGAUGGCCGUGGAGAUAAUCUCAAGGAUACUGGUUCAACUCGCGGAGAAUCUUCGUCUUUGGAUCAGCUUCAGUGGCAGAAUCUAUCACGCCCUGAACUCGCGUCUCCGAAUCCGUACACAACGAGAGCGGAAAUGGGUCAUGGUAAAAACGAUUUUUGGGAGUUGGGUUCGGGCCGUACCAGGCUCUACGGCUAUUCAAAUGGUCUCUCGAUGGCGCCAUUGGGAAAACUCGAACUGGGUAUUCAGAAAAACGAUGGCUUUAUCAACUUUGAUAACUCUUCGUACGGCCAAGGACAGAGGUAUACAUUGUUUGAGGAUGAAGGCAUUCGAGGGGUUUACGACAAUGGCGGCUCCAUUCCCUUGAGUGGACUUAAAAAGAGCAAAGAAAUGAUUAUUGGGGAUGAUCUCCAAUCGAGUGGUAGGUAUGUCAAAGAAGGUUCUCUUAGAUACUAUAACGAUUCUGAACUAAUAAAACUCGGUGAGAUUUCGGACUACAAGCGUUUUGAUAUGCUAAAAGAUGGAAAUGGUGAAGUGGGUACUUCGGUUCCUAAUGUUGGAGAAAGCAUUGGGCCCCAUAGUUGUCUAAGACCUAGUAUUAUGCAUAACUUUGAUGUAGCCAACAACCCUUUUGAUCAAUCUUCAAGACAAGGAACUAUUUUUAGUAAUGAUGAUGGGGAAGGAGGUUUCUUUCGAAGGGAUGACCGAGUUGAUGAAGUGUUGGGCUCGAAAAGGAGGGUGGUUAAUUAUUAUGAAGGUUUGAACUUGAAGAGGUUAGCUAUGUCAGAGAGGGAUAGUGUGUUACAUCAGAGGAUCGAGAUGGAUGACCAGCAUGAAAGGAUGCUUAGAAGAAAAGAUGACCAGAAAAGGAGUCUAUAUAGAUGGAAUUCUGACUGUAAUGGUUCUUAUCGGUGCCAUGGAUAUGGGGGCUUCAGUAACAGAACUCGUGGCAGGAAAUUGAAACUUACUAGAAGAGAUGUAAAGAAGCGUUUGGGGCCUAUUCAAAAUGCUCCCAUUUCAAUAUCAGUCUGUGGGAGACUUGAACCAAAUAAGAACAAGUUCUUGAGAAGGAAAACUGAUGACAAUAAUUGCUCUUCAGAUAAGGGAAAUACUUCAAAGACCGUGCUCUCUGAAGAUUCAGAUGAAUUCAACAGGUUGGUUGGAAAGGCCUUCUUUAAGUUCAUUAAGAAUUUACAUGAGCACCCAGCUCAACGAAGAAAAUAUUUGGAGCAAGAAGGCGAGUUUGCUUUGAAGUGUGGCGUAUGUGGCAGCUUCAAAGAGUUUUUAGGUCCAUUGGAGCUGGCAAAGCAUACUUUCAUGUCGUGCAGAAAGGAGUUGAGAGCAGAACACUUGGGUUUUCACAAAGCUCUUUGUGUACUAUUGGGUUGGAACAGUGCCACAGCCCCUAAUACCCCUUGGGUUCGGCAGAUUUUGCCUCAUGCUGAAGCCAUGGCUUUGAAGGAGGACUUCAUUAUCUGGCCUCCUGUUGUAAUCAUUCAAAAUAUCUCCAUAGCAAAUCGCAAUCUAGCCGAACGGGUGAUUGUUAGCAUUCAAAAGUUUGAAGCUAUUCUUAGAGGCAUGGGAUUCAAUGGGGAGAAGACCAAGGUCUUUCGAGGUAUGGCGGCAAAUGAGAGUAUUUUGGUAGUGACAUUCAAUGGCACACUUUCUGGUUUACAAGAAGCAGAAAGGCUACAUAAGCAUUAUGCUGAGAACAAACAUGGGAGGCUUGAGCUUCAACAAAACAACUCCACUGGCCAUAUUAACACUCACCAAGAUAUUCGAAAAUUGGCGGUGUCAGAUAAGUUGGAAAGUGUUUUGUAUGGCUACCUGGGAAUUGUUGAGGAUUUGGAUAAACUUGAUUUCAACAUUAAGAGUCACUGUGUGGUGAGAAGCAAGAAGGAAAUUCAAGAUUUUUCAGAUGCCACAUUGUAA